AUGCCGACCUUGAAUCUCUACACGAAUAUUCCUGUCGACGCUGUCACAACGUCGGAUAUUCUGAAAGACGCCACCAAAGCCGUUUCCAAAAUCAUUGGCAAGCCUGAAUCAUAUGUGAUGAUUUUGGUGAAUAGCGGCGUACCCAUUGCAUUCGCUGGCACAGAGGAGCCUGCUGCAUAUGGAGAGUUGAUUUCCAUUGGAGGUUUGGGGCCAAGCGUAAAUGGGAAACUCAGUGGCACCAUUGCUGAGAUUCUUGAAACCAAGCUCUCCAUAGAUAGCUCCCGCUUUUACAUCAAGUUUUAUGAUGUUGAGCGUCCCUUCUUUGGAUUCAAUGGCUCAACUUUCUGA